UAAAAUAAUGGGCGGCUAACUUUUCAAUGUAUACAUAUUUUCGUUGAACUGCUUCUUCUCAACUCAUCAAGCAAAAAGCAUCAUGUCUGGACGUGGCAAAGGAGGAAAAGGACUUGGAAAGGGAGGCGCCAAGCGCCAUAGAAAGAUUCUCCGUGACAACAUCCAGGGAAUCACUAAGCCUGCCAUCAGACGUCUGGCUCGUCGUGGUGGUGUCAAGCGUAUCUCUGGACUGAUCUAUGAGGAGACACGUGGUGUCCUGAAAGUGUUCCUUGAGAACGUCAUCCGUGAUGCUGUCACCUACACUGAGCAUGCCAAGAGAAAGACUGUGACUGCUAUGGAUGUCGUCUAUGCUCUGAAGAGGCAAGGACGCACUCUGUAUGGAUUUGGAGGCUAAACAUCUCAUUUUCAACUGAACUCAACUGGUUCUUCUAAGAACCACCACAUUUCAUUAAGAGUCACCAUUUCAUUUUUUGUCUUUUGUGAAUUAACUACUAAAUAAUUCAGUUUACCAA